AUGGAGUUGAAAAAAUUCUAAGUUUUAGAAGCUGAGUCAUUUAAAAUUUCUAAUCAUCAACAAGAUAUUGAUUUUUACAAGUUAAAUAGCACUUUUUAUGUAAAAUAAUCAGAAAAAAUAAUUGAUACUGAAAAUAUGAUUAUUUUAAACACAAUAUAAGAGGAUAAAAGUAAUUUUAUUGGUUAAAUUUAUACUGAUGAUAAGUAAUUACACAUAUUCUAAUCAGUAAAUGGAGUUUAUUGGUAUAAAAACUUACUCAAUAUGCCUUUUUAAGUAUUAAAUUUCACUUAAAGUUAAGUUCUUUAAGAUCUUUAUUUUGAAAAAGGAUAAAAUUUAAUAGCCUUUUUUGACAGCAGUUGCUAAUGCGUUUAGACUUAUGAUAUUAUAAAAAGCAUCAAAUUGGUCAGCUAAGUAAAUUUUAAUGUUAAGUUUGAUUUAAAAAUCAAGUUAGUUGAUUGGAAUAAUCAUAGUUUUAUAUAUGUGAGUGGUUCAACUAUUUAUUAUUAUUAUCAAAAUAAUAAUAAUAAUAUUAUUAUAAAUGAAUAAAUUGGUUUACUAGACUCAAAUAUCAUUGAAUACUAAUAUUGUUUUGAACAGUAGAUUGUUGUUGCCAUGACUUAGUAAUAAAAUCUAUAUAUAAUUAAAAUUUAAGAAAAAGCUUCAUUAAAAGUAGAAACACAAUUUUUCGAUGUAAAUGAUGAGAUUGUUUUAUAUCUUAAAUUUUUUUUGAAAUGUAGUGAAAACAUAUUAAUAAUAUAUUCUCCUAUUGUUUAAAUUAUUAAUUUACUUACUGCAAAAGAUUAAGAACUAUUUUUAUAGUUUAAUUAGCUAUAAUACCCAAACUAUGCAUAAAAUAUACCAAUUGUUAAUGUAAAAGAGUAGCUAAUCAUAUGUCUAUUUGACAUGGAAACAAACUAUUUUUAAAGAAAUGACCUUUAUGGAUUCUUAGGAUAUUUUGAUUAUAGAGAAAAUAAUACAGAUUCCUAUUAUGAUUUAUAGUAAAACACUUUGAUACUAGUGACUGGAGUUACAAAAAAAUUAACAAUUAUGACUAUUCCAGGUGAUUAAAAUUUAUUCACUUAUUACACAGUCAACUCAUUUUUACAAGAAGCAACAUACUACUUUGAAGAUAAAACAAGUAUAAUAUUAAUUGAUACUACUCCUGUUAUAUACUUAUGCAACUAUAUAAAGUAAAUUAAUUCACAAGAAAAUAAUUGGUGGAAAAUUCCUUUUGAAGAUAAUAAAAGAUUUAAUACAUAUGAUCGGGUUAAUGAGGAAAAUAUAACAAAAGAUAUUUUUAUAUUACAAAAGUAAGAUAAUUAAAAUACAAUAUUAAUUUUAGAUUUGCUUAAGAAAGAGUUCACUUAUUAAAAAAAUAUAUUUAAUUAGUAAAUUAUGAAUGUUGUAAAUGAUCCUAUUAAAUAACUCAUUUAUACUGUUAGUAACGAGGCAACUACUAAUAUAUUUAGCUAUACUUUAGAUUUUAUUACUACAAUUAAAAAUCCUUGCUUGAAAAUAAUUGAAAUAAAAGAAUAAGAUAUUAAUUAAGUUUAAUAUUUAAGUGAUUCUGCUAUUUUAAAGGAUAUUGAGAUAUUUGAUUGUGUUGACAUAAUAUUUUCUUUUAAAAUGAACAACCUUUAAGUUUCUCAAAUAAAAAAUAUCAAUUAAAAUAACAAUUAAAUUUAGUUCCUUUCUAUGAAUCAAUAAAACAGUGAAGGAUAUGCUCUUAUUUCUAAAGCAAAAUUUAUGAAUUCUUCUAUUCUUAAUAAUAAUCCCUUAAUCCUUUUUAAUUAAUUGUCUAAUGUCGAGUUAAAUAAUGUAUUAAUAAAAGAUUUAGCUAAUAUAAAUGGCUAACAUACUUCUAUAGUUAUGAUAUAAGAUUGUAAAUUAGUUACUAUUUCUGAGAGUCAUUUUACAAACAACACAAAUAGUAAUGGUCCAGGAGGAGUUAUUUGUGCAUUUGAUAACAAAUAGAUAAUUAUAUAAAACUCAAUUUUUUGGAGAAAUACUUGUAAGCUAUAAAAUGGAGGAGCAAUUUAUAUGAUUAAUACUAUUAGACAAGGAGUUUUAAAAAUAAACUAAACUCAGCUAAUAGAAAAUAAAUCAUAUUAUUCUUUAGGAGGUUCAAUUUAUCUCUAAAAUAAUAAUUUGAUCAUGUAAAAUUCAGUUAUAGCUUCAAAUUAAGCAUAAAUUGGUGGAGGGAUAUAUUAUGCUCUAGUUAUGCCAGAUUUUUUAAUUGAUCUGUAAUAAGGUAAUAAAAAUAAUAAUACUUUUAAAGAUAAUCUAGCAUUUAUUUAUGGAUAGAAUUUUGGUUCUUCUUUAAGGAAAAUAUUUAUUAAUUUAGAAAACAUAAAAAUUCCUAAAAAUAGUUUAAAGUUAUACGAAAAUACAGUUAUAUUUAUAAAAAAAUUUAAAAGUGGAGAUUAAAUAAAUUUUGAACAAAUAUAAUUGCUUGACGAAGAAAAUAAUCCAAUAAAAUCUAUAGAUGUUAACUCAACUGAUUUUUAUUUAUUAAAUAGUGAUGUUUAAAUGUUAUUGCAAUAAAUAAGUGUUUCUGUAUAAUGGAAUUAAGAAAAUAAAGAAAUACAAUGCAUUGGAUAACUUUAAACAAAAUAAUUUAUAAAUGGGGGCUUUAACUUAGAUGUUCAGAUUUUUUACAAACCUAUUUCUGAAUUGGUAUUAAAAAUCUAGAGCAAUUCCUUUCCUUCACUAAUAGAUUCUAAUGGAAAUAUUGUUGUAAAUUAAGGUUAAAUAGAAUUAAUAUUGAAUAUAGAAUUGGAGUAGUGUUCAAUAGGAUAAAUAUUUAAAUAAUAUGGUAGUUCAAUAGCAUGUGAAACAUGCCCUGAUGGUAAAUAUUCUUUAAGUUUAAAUGAUCAAGAGUGUAGAGAAUGCCCUGAUUCAGCUGUUUAAUGCAUAAGUUCUAAUAUCUAAUUAAAAAACGGAUAUUGGAGAGAAAACGAAAAUACUGACAAUAUUAUCUACUGCAGUUUUAACCCUCAAUCAUGCUAACCAUAGCUUUCUUCUUCUAAAUUUUACUGUAUUGAAGGACAUAAAGGUCCUCUAUGCUAUUAGUGUGAUACAUAUGGUGAUAUAUGGGGAAGUAAAUAUUCUGAAAUUUAUAAUCACGGAGAAUGCUAUAAAUGCGAAGAAAAUAUUGAUAAAAUUGUACUUUAUAAUUUACUAAUAUACUUAAUGAUUUCUCUUUACAUUAUUAUAAUCCUAAGAAGAAUUAUAAUGCAGCUAGAAGCUAAAAUUAAAGGAUAUUAUUUAAAUAAACUAGAAAUUAUUUAUUUAGGAUCAACAUUAAGUUAAUCUGAUAGGUCAUAAAUUAUUUCGAAAAUUCUCACCGAUCAUUUAUAAAUACUAUCAUUAGUAUGCUCAUUUACUACAAAAAUGCCUGUUUUUUUUACUGUUCCUAUUUAACUAUCAGGAAAUUCAGUUAGCUUGGCUAGUAAAAGUAUUGAUUGUGUUUUUUCUAAAUACCCAAAUUUACAACCAUUGUGGCUAUUCUAGUUUCUUUGGUCUUUUACUUUACCAGCAGGAAUACUUAUUUUUUACUUGCUUUAAGGAAUUAUCUUAAAGCGAUUUCAAAUAGAUUUAUUUAUCAGGUAUUUAUAAACUGCAGCUAUUUUUAUUUAUUUUUACUUUUACCCUAUGAUAAUAACUCUUGCUAUUAGAUCUAUUAAUUGUAUAACAAUAGGAGAUAAAAAAUAUUUAGAUCUAGAUUUUGGAAUUGAAUGUUAUGAUAAAAAUUAGCAUAAGCCGUACCUAUUUUUAUUUACCAUUCCUGUUAUUUUUAUAUGGGGUUUUUUAAUACCUUUAUUACUAUUCUACAAAAUUUACAAUGCUAAAUCGAAAAAAAAGUCAAUGAUUAAAUAAAUAAAAUAUUCUUUCUUAUUUGCUGGUUAUAAAAGACAAUACUAUUACUGGGAAUUUUGGAAAUUGUCUUAUAAAACAGGUUUGAUUUUAAUAUCUGUUUUAUUUAAGCAAAACAUCUAAUUAAAGAUUGUAGGCGAUUAAAAUAACUUAUUAUAUUAAACAUUUUGGAUAGCUAUGACUAUGCUUCUUAACUUUGUUUUUAUAGCUACUUUAAUAAUAGGAUUGUUAAGACUAAAAAUUUCAAAUCAAUAGUAGGAAAGAACAUGUUUCUAAAAUUUCAUAUUUUAACUUAAAACAAAAUAUCCUUAAUUGCUUGAUGUGUAAAUAUAAAAUAAUUAAAAGGUAAGUUCUUUGCUCAAGUUUAAAAAACAUUUGAAAUUAUAAUUAGAUUUAAAAAAUAAUUAGGACUCUGUUUUUUCACCUUCUUCACCCUAAGCGCAUUUAAUAAUUUCACCUAAAAUGAAUGAUGAAAAAUUAUAAACUUUAUAAAAAAAUAAAUCUUUUAAAAGAAUGAAAAACAAAUGGUCCUACUACACAAGAAAUUCUAAAUAAAACUCAAUAUCCAUAAAAGAUAGAACAUUCGAUAAGCAAAACUUAUUUAAUAGCAAUACAAGGGAUAGUAUUAUUUAAGAAACUGAAAGUUCCAUAUAAAAUAAUCAAUAUAAUAGUAGCCAUAAAUUUUAAAUACAGCUCUCUCUAGAUAAAAGUUGA